AUGGCGAACAACACUUCAUUCACGCCUUCUGCAGCAGUUCGAACCGGGUCCAGAUGUAACUUCCGAUUCUUCAACGACACGGAAAUAUGGCUGCAGGUGACUUCUUACCUGCUGAUUAUUCUUUUCUCCAGCUUUGGAAAUACAGUCAUCAUAAGCAUUGUAAAGAAAAAUCGACGCAUGCGCAGUCCCACCAAUUACUUUACUGUCAACCUUUGUUUGGCCAACCUAAUGAUCAUGCUAAUGAACGUUGUACCAUACGUCGUAGGAAGAAUUUCCCCUCAUAUCGGUUAUGGGAUCAGUGGUAGGUACUUACAAAAUCGACAGCAAUUUUCCAUGGUCUAUUUAAUCCUUAAGCCCUAAUAUGCAGAUACAAAUUCUCCACGCUAGUCUUCGUACAUUACUUUAAAGAAUUAGCUGAUAGUAAGAAUUUGAUAACAGAGCAAAGUAUUUCUCCUUUGGCGUCAUUUUUAUUUAUUUUUACAACCUUUUCUCUUGAUGAUAUAUUGAUAGUGGUAAAAGAAAGUAGUUGUUUGUCACUCUUUGGACUUAACUGAACGGUUAACAAAUAUACUCGUCCCUCGUUGACAAAAUUGUGACAAGACGUAUAAACAGGAGGAAAUCUUCACAGCAGUUGCCAUCGUAUGUCAUCGCUACGAGAGACUCGCAGUUUGCGGAAAAUGUUUUUCGUGAAUUUUUUGCUUUGAGCAAGUGAGGACGUUGAAUAACUUUUCGGAGAAACUCUAUACAAGUAAGAUAAAGAGGAGACUAACGAAGCAGAGAUGAAAAGUUAAACGUUUGUAGCUUAAAACAUACCUAAACUGAUCUAAACUGAAAUCCUCGAACAACUAAUCAAGCGGUAGGAGGCAAAUAUGUAGUUUUUUUCUUCUCACUGUGUGAAACAAAUAGAUUUCAUGUUGCUGUGGGUCUGUUCAGUAAUAGAUCACGGAAACGUCAGAAUGUGGUAAAAACAUCAGACUGAGUGACACACUCGCCUGAAGCUCGUGUGCCACUUCGUUGUUUUAUCACGUUUUACGUCAUCUGUGAUCGAUUACGGCGACGGUGACGGCAACGUCAAAAAGCAAUCGGUUUAGUUAGCAAAACAACAACUCUGCACGUGCAUCACGCUCGUUUGUACAUUUCUUUGCUACCCUUGUGCGACUACGACGUGAAAUAACCAAGUUUUAAGUUUUUUCGAGGGCGGGAAAGGAAAGGUGAUAAAUUCUAACAUCUCUGUCUGAACUCGGGAGCGGCCCCCUCUCUUCAGCGCCAGCUUCAGCUUCUUUCAAGUAACUGGGCGAAUUUUUUUUUUGUAUUUUAACGAAUUUUUUGUUUUGUUAUGUUUUACAUUUUUUUACAUUCUGACUUAUGAACACGGAACACGUAAGGAAAAAUACAAAAAACGGAAACGAAAACUAAACAUUAUACAACGCAGACUAACACACAAUUACAUACUUACAAAAAAAGAAAACAAACGAAACAAAAACCCGGUACCUUCUUUUCUAUUUACAUGAAAAAAAGUAACAUAAAACAAAUAAAAAAUAAAGAUUAAUAAUAAAUGAAGUAAGCGGAGAAGAGAUCGUAUGCUAAGCAAUUUUAUAUUUGCCCCAUUUCAUAUUGUGGGUCUCCAACUUAUUUUUUCACUUAGCGAUCAUUGUCUCUAUUAAGAAGACAGCAUUAAUUUUGGAAUGAAGAACUCUGAUGGAGGGAGGAUAUUUGUUCUGUCUACAAGAGUAUAGAUAUUGUUUUGCCAGUAAUAGAAUAUGAUUCACAAAUAUCUCAUCCUCACAUCCAAUAAUACCAAACAGUAUAUCUUUGACUGAGCGAAUUGGGAUAAUCGCGAAAUGGUUUGAAAGGAUGCGGAGGCUAUUUUUCAGUGAACUUUUCAUGGACGUUGCCGUUGUCGGAUUGUAAGGUCCCCAUGACACGCACAGCAACAUGGAAUAUAUCUGUUCAAUAGAUCACCCCUCAAAAAAUCGUUCUGUUGUUGUAAAAAGUUAUUUGGCAUAUCUAAUGGUAUUUAAACUAUUUUAUAGUCAACAAAAAGCUUUCAAUUAGAGGGCAAUUUCGAAUUUAUGAUUAUUUUACCAUUAUUUCAGGCUUAGCUGGUACAAUUAUCUGCAAGCUUCACGUAUUUCUGAACGGCUGCACGCUUAAUGCAGCCAUUCUCACCCUUGCUGUGAUCGCAGCAGAUAGAUUCAUCGCCAUAUUUUUUCCUCUGAGAGGGGCAAUCAACUCUCGGAAAGCAAUUUGGUUAAUCGCUGCAACAUGGUUUGUCCCAGCUCUUCCAGGCACCAUCUUACUCUAUGUGAAUAGAAUCUAUGAGUUCCAUGGCAGUUGGUACUGUCUUGAAUUCUGGGAGCCAGAUAUUCCAAUAAUCUACAAUACCGUAUACUCCGCUGCAGAUGUCAUAUUGUUUUACGCCCUUCCUUUGUUAGAAAUAAUCGUCUUUUACAGCGCUAUAAUCUACAAGAUAUGGAUGCGCAAAAUCCCGGGGCAAACGACGACAGCCAAUCAACAGCUCGAAAUGAAAGCAAAAAAGAACGUGUUUAAGAUGCUCAUCGUAGCAGUUCUAACAUUCGCAUUACUGUGGCUUCCUUCCAGAUUGAUCAUGUUGAUUUCUACGUUCGACAGUCUGCCUUGCUUCCGAACUCCAACUCUUCGCUUUAUGGGGAACUUCCUCGCCUACUUGAACUGCGCUAUAAACCCGUUUAUUUAUAUCAUGUUCAGUCAAGAUUAUCGAAAGGCUUGCAAGGCAUUAUUUGACUGCGUGCCUUGUCGGAAGGUCGAUCUUUCCCGUCUACACAGCCAAUCCAUGGACAUCACCGAGUUAACCAACAGUGGUCGCCAAAGUGGCCUGGGCAUGGGGAGUUUCAAAAGGAUAGAUAACAUAUAA